AUGAAAACAGAAUGUCUACUGACAACUUUACAAAUUCACAGAUUUACCUUUAGCCAUAGAACAUUAUGUUUAUAUAGUAAAAGAUUUUCAUUUCAUAAAUUUAUUUCAAUUAAAUCAUUGAUCAUCAAAUCUAAUAAAUUAUUAUGUAGACAAUAUUCAACCUCAAAUACUCCUUAUUCAGAUAAGUAUUAUCAACCAAUUAUAUCAGAAGGUGCCAGUGGAUUUAUUAAAUUAAACAUUCCUAAGGAUUUUGUUGCUAAUAAUCAGUUACUCGUUCAAGAUGAUGAUGAAAUUAUAGACCAAGACAAUUUGAUAGACAUAGUAAAUUCAAUUGAUGCAAGUAUUGAAGUGUCAAUAGGUUAUGGCUCGGGUAUUCUAGCUCAAAAUGGAUAUAAGGAGAACUCAAAUGAAGAAAAACAACUUGAUUUUAUUAAUUUGGUACCAGAUUGUCACCAAUUCCAUAAAAAGAAUCUAAAUCAAAAUCUACGUCAUUACUCAAUAAAGUCAUUAAGAAUUGUAAACAUUAUACAAGGUAGGGAAGGAAUUUAUUUUAAUCCUUUUGUAAGUAUUAAUAAAAAAUUGGUUAAAUAUGGAAUAAUUUCAACUGAAUCAGCUUUAAUGGAUUUGAGUGAAUGGAAUUCAUUUUAUUUUGCUGGCAGAUUACAAAAACCAGUCAAUUUUAUAAUUGACAAAAAUCCAAUGGUGAAAUUUAUGAAUCAAUAUAAUUUAAAAAAUGCCAUGGCUAUAGCUAUAUUUUUAAUUAAAUCAAAUGAAUUUUCAGAAAAAGAAUUAUACGAACAAAUAACUAAAUUAUCAUACUUGGGAGACUUUAGAAUGUAUGUCGGAGGAGAGAAUCCAAAUAAAGUUAAAAAUAUUGUUUCAAAACAAUUUGAACAGUUUAAAAAAUUAUAUGAACCAAUUAUAAAUUAUUUCAUUCAUAGAAAUUAUUUAAUUAUUGUAAAUAAUGAUCCUGUUAAUCGUUUAUUUAAAAAGAAUUUACAAAUUCCACAAAAGAUUAAACUUAUAAGUUGUUUACCUUUACAAUUUAGAACUCAAUUGUAUAAAAAAUUUCAAGACAAAUCAUUGAAAGAAAUUGUAAAACAUGAAAAAUUAGCUGACCAUAUAACAUCUUUAAUUAGUCGAAUUAUAAUUAUUAGCUCCAUAAAACAAGGUAUAAGGGGAAUUUUUUCAGCUGGAUUAUUUAAAUCUAUUAAAUAUGCAUUAGCCAAACAAUUAAAAUUUUGGAACCAUAAAUAA